AUGAGUCAACUGGAACUUACACUGUACGAUCCGGGGGAUUCACUCAGUGGAAAGCUGGUUUCUUGUGAUGAAGAGUUUUGUCUGGAAAUCAAUGGAGGUCGAGUCUCUGGUUGUAAUACCAAUGUGUCAUGUCUAUAUACUGAGGUUUAUGGAGAUGGGAGCUAUAGUAUUGGCUACUUUGUAAAGGAUAUCGUCCAAUAUGAGGGAGUGUCUGGUGAUCUCCAGACUAAAUCGGCUAAUGGAAGUGUUAUAUUUGGGUAA